CAUUGCAACACAGAGAAACUCAUCGCAGGCGACUCAAUGUCCGAUCUCCUUUAAGUUCUCGUCGAGAACCACAAACGUCUGCAUACAUACGUCCACUAUGCACUGUGUGAGCAGAGGAAGGGUCUGCCUGGUGAAGUCCUACUCGGACCUUCAGGAGGACGACCUGUGCAAGAAGGAGAGCUACAGCGCCUGCUGGCUGAACAUGGUGCUGGAGACAAGACCUCAGUACAGGCUGACGUUGUCAGAAACCGACAGCGUUCGCAGAGAGAGUUACAAGCAGCAGCAGGUGGUCCACCUAAUGGUUGAGAGGAGCCCCAGCCAGAUCCUGAAGCUGGGCAUCGAGGGGGGAGUCAUGAGAGAGUACCAGCUGCCGUCCUCCAACAGGAGCAAAGCCUCCGACACAGAAGAGCCCGUCGUUGAAGGAAAGGCGACUCUCGCAGCAGACAGGGAGGAAGCCCCCUCCAUCACUGGGGGCCCCUGCAAGCCGGCCAGAGAGAACUUCAGAGCCUCCAGGCUGAUGUCCUCUCCGAGAGAAGUGUCUCAUCGAGAGCAGAGGAGGGAGUGAAAUGAGAUUAUAACUGCAGCUGAAGAGUCUAAAUAGUGCCACGUGCUGUUAUUAUUUAUAUAAAACUGGAAUUGUGACGGUAAUGGCAAAGAUGUCAGUAGGUCCCAUCUUGUGGGUUCAUAUUUAGAUCUAUUCAAUAAUGGAUUAAUGCUGUUGAAAUAAAACUCCAGAUAUGAA